UGUACUCCAACUUCCUCCGUGCAUGGCCCUCCACCCAUGGAGAGAUCACACGUCAGUCUUACCUAAAGAUGAAUGUCUCCUGUCUGAUGGAGUCGGAUUCUGUGUCUCAGAUUUAUUUUGUUGUGGAACAUGGGGGGAACAGCAGCAUCAUUGGUUCAGGUCGAUUCAAUACAACCAUGGCUUUCUACACAUCCAGCAGCUUCUAUUAUCAGGUGACUCACUUCCCAUAUCUAGUAGAUCUCAACCAGGACUUGUAUGUUCAAGUGAACUUGAGAAGGCCUGACAGUAGCCUUGUUCUCUUCCUGGACACCUGUGUGGCCUCCCCAUCACCUUUCGACUUUGAGAGUAGACCAUAUUAUUUAGUUCGAGAUGGUUGCACUUCUGAUGAGACCUACCAGCCAAUCAUUUCCGGCUCCCAGUACAGGGCCCGUUUUUCAUUCAGGGCCUUCCAGUUCCUGCGAGGAACAGAUUCUGUGUACCUCCAGUGCAAAGUUGUGAUCUGCCCUGCUUCGGAUUUCAAUUCCCGUUGCCGCCGUGGAUGCAGUAGACGUGUAGCCAGGGAGUUGGAGUCUGAGCAUGAGAGCCAAACUCUGGUUGUGGGUCCUAUCAAGCUCAAAGACCCUGAGAAAGAGAAGGAAGGGCCUGAAAAGCAGAAUGAGGCUUAACUCAAUUCAGCAGAAACCUUCUCCAAUAAUCUCCAAUCAUCC